AUGGAUCGAACCAACCACUCAAAUGCCAUCUCGGACCAUUUAGCUGAUGAUCUUGGCUUCACCAACGAUGGUGUCAACAAUGCCAUUCUUGCUUACUCUAUUUUGUUCACAGUAUUUACUUUGCCGUCUAACUUUAUUGCCAAAAAGAUUGGCGCGUACCGCUGGCUUCCUAUUCUAAUGAACUCUUGGGCAAUUAACUAUGGUAGCUACAUGACUGUUCGUGUGCUUAUCGCCGUAACGGAAGCCGGGUUUAUACCUUCGUGCCUUAUGUUCUUGAGUUCUUGGUACAAGACAAACGAAUUAGCGACGAGGCUAGCUAUGUUCUGGGGAAUCCAAGCAGUAGCAUCGGCGUUCUCUGGCCUUAUAUCUUUUGGUAUUUUUCGCUUGCGUGGCGUUGGGGGCCUUGAGGGCUGGAAGUGGCUCUUCUUGAUCGAUGGAAUCUUUACACACAUUGUUGGAAUUAUUGCCUUCUUUUAUAUACCCAAAAACGCCCUGAGCACUCAAGGAAGGCUCCGCGGAAAGAAAGGAUGGUUUACAGAGCGAGAAGCCAAGAUUGCCGUGACGCGUGUUAUUCGCGAUGAUUUGAGCAAGACUGAACAAGAUCUACCUAUUACCUGGGACGAUAUCAAGGAAGCUCUCAAGGAUACCAAGCUUUGGACCCACUUGAUCACGACAUUUGUUGGUAUGAUGACAAACACGCCAAUCAAUACCUACUUGCCAUCAAUUAUACGUGACGCUGGCUUCCCAGUAACUACGGCCAACUUGCUUACUAUGCCGUCGUAUCUCGGUGGCCUUGUAUUCUCCAUCCUGAUUGCAUACAGCUCCGACAAGUAUGGCGAAGUUGCCUUGCAUGCGCUUAUUGGCGUCAUUUGGGAAACAAUUGGAUAUGUUACUUUACGCGCUCUACCUGCUGAUACCAGUCGCUGGUCGUUAUUUGCUGCAGCUACGGUGACAGCUUCGUCACCAAGUUGGCAUGGCAUGCAUAUUGCGUAUAUGUCUUCGAAUUUAGCCCCUCAAGGAAAACGUGCCAUUGCCCUUGGAGCAAUCAUUGGAGCUGCCAAUUUGAACGGCGUGCCGGGCAGCCAAAUUUAUAGGGCAGCGGAUGCGCCAAGAUAUCCGGUUGGCAACGUCGUCUGUAUUAUCCUCAACGUCGUAGCAAUUGGUCUAUUUAUUUCGCAACGCCUACGGUACUCGCUUACCAACAAGUACCGUGAAAAGAAAUGGAACGCCAUGACAGACGCGGAGAAAACUAACUAUUACAAGACCACCAAGCAUAAAGGAAGCAAUCGCCUUGAUUACCGGUUCAGAAUUUGA